AUGGAAAAAAUAAAAUCAACUUGUUGUCAUAAUUUACGAAAAUCAACAGACCUACAAAAAGAUGGAACUUGUAUUAAAGAAAAUUUCAAAAAAGGUGAUCCUCAACCACCAUGUAUUCCUUGCCAAGGAAUAUGUCAACAUCUAGAAACAACAAAUAAAAAAAAAACAGAAAUAGAAAGUCCCAAAGUCGAAAAAAAACCAAAUUUCUUGGAUUUAAGAAUAUUAAACCAAACCAAAAAAAUACAAUAUUUGGAAAACAAAAAAAAUAUUAGAAUUUUGGAGGAAGCUGAUGAAAAGGCAGUAGAAGCCAGAAAAAAGGAAAAACAAUUUAAAAAAAGGAAAUUUAGUAUGGAUAAUAAUAAUAAUAAUAAUAAUAAUAAUAAUAAUAAUAAUAAUAAUAAUAAUAAUAUUAAUAAUAAUGAAAAUAAUAUAAAUGAUAGGAAUAAAAUAGAAUAUUAUACCUCCAAACAAAAUAAUAGUAAUAAUUUUAAUAAUGGUAAUUUUAGUAAUAAUAAUAUUAAUAAUAAUAAUAAUGGUAAUUUUAAAAAUAAAAAUAAUAAUAAUAAUAAUAAUAAUAAUAAUAAUAAUAAUAAUAAUAAUAAUAAUAAUAAUAAUAAUAAUAAUAACAAUAAUAAUAAUAAUAAUAAUAAUAAUAAUAAUAAUAAUAAUAAUAAUAAUAAUAAUAAUAAUAAUAAUAAUAAUAAUAAUAAUAAUAAUAAUAAUAGUGAAUCAAAUGAUGAUAUUGUAUCUUUAAUUGUCCCCAAAAUAUAUAUUGAAAUGGAAGAUUUAAAAGUAUUAAGUUCAGAAAACAUUUUUUCAAUGGCAUUUGAAUAUAUAAAAAAUAAUAGAAUAAAGUCAAUAAUUGUAAAUGAUAGAGAGAUAACAGCAAUAAUACAUAGUAAUUCUUAUGGUGAUCUGGUUAGAUAUGAUUUAAAAUUCAAAAUUGAAGAAUCCAAAAUAGACUUUGGUUCCUGUGAUUGUGGUUUUAUUGACGAAAUUUUAUGGUGUAAACACAAAGUUUCAGUUUUUUUAUUUUUAAAUAAAUACAAAGAUCAAGGUAAAAGAUUAUUUUUCUCACCCAAGUCCAUAUGUGAAACCAUUUCAACAAUAUAUCCACCAAUAAAAAAUGAAAAUGAAAAAAAUAAUAAUAAUAAAUUGUUAUUUACAAAUAGAAAAAAAAUUAAAAAUAAUAAUAAUAAUAAUAAUGAUGAUGUGGUAAUUGUCGAAACAAACAAUAAUAAUCAAUAUCACCCAAUAUUAAUUGAUGAAAGGAAUAACAUUGAAUAUCCAGCAACAACAACAACAACAAUAGAAAAAACAACAAAAAAGUAUUUUUUACCAAAUAUUAACCAUGAAGAAUUAUUUACAAGCCAACAAUUAAUUGAAAUAUUGAAAGAUGAAUUAAAUAAAAAUGAAAGCAUAAAUGAAAAAUUGAACAAAGCAUUAGAUUUCAUCAUUAUGGACAACACUGAAGGAUCUGAAAUUUUCAAAUAUUCUCUUGAUGACCUAAUUAGAAUGUUCUUUUAG